CCAGCCGGACCGCGACUCGGCGGCAGCGGUCCCCCGGGCAGGCCGGCCGAGCCCCGCCCACCGCUCCCCACCCCCGCUGCACGCGCCUCUCCCGGAGCCCAGCCCUUAGCCCGAGGGGAGGCGGGAAAACAGAGAAAGCCUCUCCCACCGCCCUGCCUGAGCCACCCCACUCCCAGCUCCCCCGGACUCGGCACGUCCUCCAGGGAUCGUCUCGGAGGGGAGUACGCUGUGCAGACGCCAUGGAGAUGGUGCUGAUCUUUCUAUGCAGCCUGCUGGCCCCUGCUGUCCUGGCCAGUGCACCUGAGCAGGAGAAAGAAAAAGACCCUUUUCAUUAUGACUACCAGACCCUGAGGAUUGGGGGAUUGGUGUUUGCUGUGGUCCUCUUCUCCGUCGGGAUCCUCCUUAUCCUGAGUCGCAGAUGCAAGUGCAGUUUCAAUCAGAAGCCCCGGGCUCCAGGGGACGAGGAAGCCCAGGUGGAGAACCUCAUCACUGCAAAUGCAACGGAGCCCCAGAAAGCAGAGAACUGAAGUACAGCCCUCAGGUGGGAAGCCUCCAGAACCUGAAGGCAGCUGCUUGAACCUUUAGAUACAAAUGUUGAUGCUUAAGAAAACUGGCUACUUCAGCAACAGACCUUUCCCCAGGAGAAGCCAAGAACUUGUGUGUCCCCUGACUCUUCCCUGUCCCCUUGAACACCAGUCCUCAACUUAGUGAUGCAGCUAAUACCUACCUUCCCAUCUACAGCCUGUGGGCUCAUCCACCUCCUGUGGCAUGUCUGUGUGUGUGCGAUGACUGUGGUCUUUGUGGCUGCUUGUCUGUGGAUGGUGUUGUAUCAGUGAACCUAGACUCACUUUCCUGGACUGGAGCUGAGCUGUGUCACCUUCGGCUCCUCCCUGCUUCCCCGUAGCCUCCCAUCCCCUCCUGCUCCCAGGAGUCUGCUUUUUCCCUGAGAGACCAGUCCUUUCUCUUGAUUUAGGGGUGGGUAUAGGGGUAGGGGCAUGGGUGGGAGUCUCCAGUUGUCUUGGGACCUGGGAAGGUAUACAUCACCUUCGUGAUCAUUCUUCAUGGCCUCUCUUCACUCCUAUUGCAAGAACCUUGCUUCCAUAUUCCACCCCUGACCCAAGUCUGUUCUGAGGGUCUCUUAGCAAUUGGAGGUUCACAGCAAGGAGCUGGUGAGCCCAGCUAUGCCUUCAGGCAGGCGACACCCCUUCACUGGUCAUUUUCCUCCUGGGACUUCUACCAUGGAGCCCCCAUCUCCCCUGCCCCAUUGCAGAGCGGCCAGGAGUCCGGGUCCAGGGCUUGUAUUCUGCCCAUGGGGAAUGUGCCCCAUGCAUAUCUUCUCAGCAAUAACCCCAUGGGCUCUGGAUCCCUACCCCCUCUUUCCUACUUUCACUGCUUCCAAGACUGGUCUGCAGCCCAGCUCAUCUGGAUUCAGACUCCUGUCCCUGAACUGGGUCUCUGGGAGGCGAUCCAUUCUGUUGGGGCCAGCACUCUGGGGACAGGCAGCAGGGAAAGCAGGGGUCCUUUGCUUCUCUAUCCACGGCCCAUUGGUCAGGCAGCCGGUGAAUCCUCCUGCACCCUUGGCUCUGCAUGUCGCUGGUCAGAGUGGUGAGUGGAUUGGCUAUGCUACAGGUUAGAGACCAGGCAGGGCUCCCUGCAGCACUGCUGCAGAGGGAACAGCAAGAGGUCAAAGGUCAUAGAGUGGAAGUCAAACUAGACCCUGUUCCUCCCGUCCAUCAUGUUCUGUGGAAACUAACCAAAUGUGUGACAGGACUGCUAUCUGUGCUAUGAUCUACCCUCUCACCAACAAAAAAUAAAAUGCCAUUUGUUUCCUAGUG